AUGUGGAACAGAAAUCUGAAGCAAAAAGCAACCAGAACUGAUUGGAAAACGGCAGAUCAAAGAACCAAACUGCCUAAAUGCCCAAAUGCCUCUCCUCGACAAGCUUUGCUCUCAUACACAUAUGGCUCCAAGUACCAGAAACAUCCUGCAGCAUACAGACCCAUGGAUAAAGCUGGGAUUGGGACAUAUGAGUGGGAGGAGCCUGACAUGCAGAAGGCAAGCGGGUAUCACGGACGGCAUGCAGACACUAGUCCAGUGCGCCCUAGGAUUGUAACAGUGGUUCGGCCAUGUGGGGAGCAUAGCGUCCGAAAAAUCUCAUUGCUGCUAAACCGACGUGCUGUACAGACCUUUGAGCUGCUGGUGGCUGAUGUUUCCGAAGCGCUUGGGUUUCCUUGCUGGAACAGCGGACGCGUCCGGCGCCUUUUCAGCCCUGCUGGUCGAGAGAUCCGCAGCCUCUCAGACUUCUUUUAUUUUGGCCAUGCCUUUUUGGCCUUUGGAAACAGUCGUCCAUCCCUUGGUGAGGUACAGGCUGCCCUAAAUGAGCUGUAUCCUGACAAUCAAGAGUACAGUGACAGCUUGUUGAGGUUGUGGGAGCAGAUUCUAAGGCCUAAGCCUGCUAAAACUGAUAGUGGCUUUCAUGAUGACAUGACCCAGGUUGACUCAACUGCAAAGGUAGUGCAAAAUCCCUUGGUAACCCAACCACUGGCCAAUAAUUUGCAGCCAUCCCGAGGACAAGUGCGGCAAAAGGAAAGGGGCAAGAGAGAACGGCAGAGAGGAGAGUGGGAAAACAGGGGGGAGAAGGGGCAGAUCAAACCUCAGCUCAAAGAGGAAAGCACAGAGAGGAAGAAAGAGCCUGUCUACUGCAGGAGCUGUAGAGUGACUGGUCCACCAGUACCACCAAUUGGAAGCAGGCACCAUGACAAGCAAGAGGGACCUAUUAAUCAAAGUGAUGUCCAACUUUCCCAAGAAAGCCUAAUUAAAAAGUCAUCUCACCAACACUCAAAAACUGAGAAAACAGUGAAGCAGCGAGACUGGUGGGAAGAACUCCCACCCGAUGGCGUGCAGGUCUCACUGGAAGAAAUCCAGCGCUGCUAUGAAAUCAGCUCUGUGGUUGGUGAUGGGAACUUUGCAGUGGUGCGUGAGUGCCGCAUACGAGGCUGCAGCCAAAUUUUUGCCAUGAAGAUUGUAGAUAAAGCCAAGCUGCAAGGCCGAGUUCACAUGAUCCAGAACGAGAUCGCCCUGCUGAGUAGCCUGGCACACCCACGCCUUGUGCAGCUGCUCCGUUCACAUCACACAGACACACAUGUCUACCUGCUGAUGGAGCUGGUGGCUGAUGGAGACCUGUUCGAUGCCAUAUCCCGGAGUGGACGCUUUACAGAGCCAUGCACAGCCAGAAUGAUAAAGGACAUCAGUCAGGCUCUAGAGUACAUUCACAACAAGAGCAUUGCACAUCGAGAUAUCAAACCUGAAAACCUUCUGGUCCAGUGCUGUGGUAAUGACAAUAUCAGUAUAAAGCUGGCCGACUUUGGAUUGGCCAUGGUGGUGACAGAGCCGGUUUUCACAGUAUGCGGCACGCCCACUUAUGUUGCUCCUGAGAUACUUGCUGAAACAGGAUAUGGUGUUUCUGUUGACGUCUGGGCAAUGGGGGUGAUACUGUUUGUGCUGCUUAGUGGAUUUCCUCCAUUUCGUAGUCCAGAGCGAGAUCAGGAGGAGCUCUUUCGUCUCAUCCAGAAGGGCGAGUUCCACUUUGUAUCUCCCUACUGGGACCAUGUGUCUGAUGGAGCUAAAGCUCUUAUCAGGGCUCUGUUGGAAGUGGACCCCGUUGUAAGGUUGACUGCCAGUCAAACUCUUCAGAACAGCUGGCUUCUUCAUGCAGCAUCACAGAGUGACCACAAGGAGGCGACAAAAACCAGCGAUAUUGUUAUCACCAGAAAAGAUGAUCUCAAAUCAAGAAGCAUUAAACAUCAAAGCAAUCAAGCAAAUCUAGAAAUAUCAGCUCCAGAAGAACAGAAUGAAGAAAACAAAAAAAGUAUCACAAAUAAAUACGGGCUUAGACAAACUGGAGACACAGAAGUGGACAAGAGAGACCAACAAAGUCUCAAGAAACCGUCCCAACAAGGUGAAACCUGCAGAAAUGGUGACCUAGAUACAUUAGCAAAACCUGCAGAUAUAACUGAAAAGUCUAAACAUCAUGAACUACCACAGUCAGAACAGGUCAAAAGUAUUAACAAUAGCCAGCAAACAUAG